AUGAGCAUGACCCUCCUCGGUCGAGGAGCCAACGGUACCGUGUACCAAUUGACACCCUUUAUUGCGGUCAAGAUAGCACGUACCGGACCUUAUGAAGAAAUAGACCAUCUACACGAGCAAAAAGUCUUUGAACUGCUGGAAGAGCAAGACCGAAUACCCUUUCUGAUCGAGAGUUUCUACCGGACACCGUUGAGCACAUUCCUGGAGCUUGCCGACGAGGGAAGCGUCGCUCAACAUCUCAACCGGUAUCAAGAGCGGCUCGGUCCGCAGGUUCUUCGAGUCACAGAGCACCUUGAACCUCUGACGAUUCGACGGUGGAUGGCACAGUUGUGUCUCGCGGCUGCGGGACUUGAGAGAAUCGGUCUGACGCACGGAGACAUUCGCCCGCACAACAUGCUCCUCGAUAAAGAGUGGGACUUGAAAUUGAGCGACUUCGACCGCGCCAUAGGGAUGGGGGAGGAUAUCCCAGUAUUGACAGAGCCAUUCGGACGACGUCUGCACGAUGGAGAGGACGGCGUCAGUGGUACUUAUGGCAAAUCGGGUGCGCACACAGAAACCUUUGCCAUCGGAUCUGUAUUCUAUACCCUCCUACGUGGACACGAGCCGUAUGAGACUGAACGAUGGGGCCGUGACCACGAUAUUAUCCUGAUGGACAAGUUUGAGAACAAAUAA